CAGCUGAUUGAAAUAUAUAAAUAUUUAGCAAUUUGUUUUUGUGCCUGCUAACGAAUUUCGCUUCCAUUUAUUGCAAUAAAAAGAUAUAUAUUACAAAUAGAGGCAUAGUGGUCCAGUAACAGAUUGCACAUAUCAUGCUGCAACGCAGAGAAAAGAGAGCUCCUCCUUUCAAUUUGAAGAGAGUUGUUUCCAACGGGGAAGUUGCCUAGAAAAGUUCAUCAACAAUCCAUAAAAAUUUCAUCACUCUGAUGGAGAAACAUGUUCAGUUCUGAGUGAAAACUGCAACGACACUGCAACUGGAUGUGAUCACGACCAGCAGAAGUAGGUGAAGCUAUCUGAGGAGUGACAGCACCCAAUGCGCCAGUAGCAUUCAAACCGAAGAAUUCCCCGAUUGUGACCACUGCCAUGUCCGUGUCCCAGGAGAAUUACACCCGCCGGGAGCUGUGAUGGAGCGCUAGGUUCUGGCCAGGAUGUGGCCAGCCGCCCUGACACGCCUGCUGAGACGCCGGAUUGUGUACAUCGUGCUGGUGGUACUGCUGCUCAUCUACGGAUUCGGACACAUUUUCGAUCGGGACUCAUUUUCCGGCCUGCACUAUGACGAGUAUAUGGUGCAGCGCACCCGACCGCUCCUGUGGACGCAGCAGCUCCUGGCGCCGGAGGAGCAGCUCAAUCGCACGCGCGGCGAUCCGGAGGCACACUGCCGCAACUCUGUCCAGGGCCGCCAAUGGCUGGCGGACGAGCGAGGAUUCGUGUGCCGACGCGAGGAGGUGCUAACCAACGGCUGCUGCAACCUGGAGCUGCCCGGCAUUGGAUACUACAGCUGCCGCACGUGCAAUACCAGCACCCACUGUUGCGGUGUUUACGAGUAUUGCGUCUCCUGCUGCCUGCACCCCGGACAACAGCCGCUGCUGGAGCGCGUCCUGCAGGCGCCCAACACGCCCAAGUACAUCUUCGCCAGCGUGACGGACCACUUCGAGCUGUGCCUGGUCAAGUGCCGCACGAACUCGCACUCCGUGGAGCACGAGAACAAGUACCGCGAUCCAGCGGCCAAGCAUUGCUAUGGUCUAACCGAGGCGCACGAAUCCCAGCGUGAUGUGGCGCCCCAGGGAGCCAGUCGCAGCUGACCACUGCGUCCACCUUCCACUGUCCACCGUCCAGUGCGAUGACUCUGCCUUGUGUACAACGUUUUCGGCCGCCACACAUAGACGUUCAACGGAUGAGCUUUACCUCGAACUGGAAAUGAGAAAGUUUUAAGUCAUCAGCUGGUUCGUUGGCAAUAUUUCUACUAAGUCAGGGAUCGCUUUAGGCUAGAAGUAAUACGUUUUCUCUCUUAUUAACUGCUUAAUUAUCGUGAAAAGUUCAUUAAUAACAACUAUAGAAGAUAAUCGAACACACUUUUUUAAACUAAAUCGAAUUUAGUUUGUAUCUUUAGCCAACUUAGAUAUUGUAUAGCUCUCUUUUAUGUUUAAUGGCUUUAAUUUCAUUUUAUAACGCAAUAUAAGCUAUAGAAAUGUGCAAUUUUCGUAUUUUAGCGUAAGUAUAAUACGAUUGAUUA